AAGUCUUAACACGAAAAUGACUACUGUGACUGACCUGCCGUCGCUGCUGGAGGACAUGAUGAAGCCCUCAAGCAGUUUGUUUGACGCGGACUUUGACCUGAACCUGCUGAAGAACGACGAGGUGCUGCGGGCGCUGAUGCCGACGCACGGUGUCACCACGCUGCGCUGCGCCAACUUCCAGAAACGCCGCUUUUCGGACAAGACCAUUUGCGACGAGUCCAAUCUCCCCACCGUCGACGCAAGCGGCUUUCACGUGAAUGUGGACAUGAAGGCGUUCAAAGAAGAGGAGAUAGUGGUGAAGACGUCGGGCAACCAGCUGAUCGUGGAGGGCAAGCAAGAGGAGGUGCAGGGCGCAAAAGGCACAUUGAGGCGUCACUUCGUGCGCCGCUACGUCAUCCCCGAGCACGUCGAUCUGGAGAAGGUCGAGUGCAGACUGACUGAGGAUGGAUUUCUGGCGGUGAAUGUGCCGUUAAAGGAAACCGUGCCAUCCAUUGCUGAGGAGGAGAGGGUCAUUCCCAUCAUUUCGGCUACGCAGGAUAAGGUUGAGAAGCCGGAGGGGGAUGCUGAGAAAGAGGAACCUGCGGAAGAGGGCGAAGAUCACGAAGACGCACAAGAGGAAGGAGGGUGUGAAAAUCCUCAAAUUUAGUGAUUUGAACCAAAAUUUACUAUGAAAAUACUUUCACACGCAACUCUCACUGA